GGGACAGCCACGUUGCGCCCUUGGUAUAUUGUAUAGCUCUACAGGAUCGUUCCUUGCGUUCGAGAUGCGUUGCCGAUCAUCUUGGGCAAUGACACUGGACCACGAGGAACGUGUAGCUGCCAGCUGUGGAAGAAUGUUGGAUGUCCAGAAGGAAGCUGCGAAAUGAGAUGAAAAUGCGGAGAGGAUCAGCCCCGCGGGUCGCAACUCUAGCUCGACAAACAUCUCCUUUUCCAGGACCACGACGACAACGACCACGUGGUGUCGACUCAAGUUUAACGGUGGGGUGCCGUCACUACGGACACAUUCGUUACUAGUCAUGGAUCUCUUCCAGAAGUGUUUGAAUAUUGCCAAGGACCCGUGGCAUACCAGAUGGAUAUGCCCAUUGCUGCUGCUAGCUGAUGCAGGGCUUACGGCAUUGAUUGUGUGGAAAGUACCAUAUACCGAGAUUGACUGGACUGCUUAUGUCGAACAAGUCACACAAUACCUGGCUGGAGAGCGUGACUAUACCAAGAUCCAGGGAGGCACCGGGCCUUUGGUCUACCCAGCGGCUCAUGUUUACAUCUACCAAAUUCUAUAUCGGGUCACCGAUCAAGGAACCGACAUCCCGUUUGCACAAAUAAUCUUUGGGAUACUUUACCUCAUGACGCUUGCUGUGGUCAUGGCAUGCUACCGUAACGCAAAGAUACCACCCUACGUCUUUCCCAUGCUCAUCCUGUCCAAACGUAUGCACUCGAUCUUUACGUUGCGUUUAUUCAAUGACUGCUUUGCCAUAUUCUUCUUCUUUGUGGCCAUCUACUGCUACCAGAAGCGAUGGUGGAUGGUAGGAUCGGCGAUCUAUUCGAUUGGUCUUGGGGUCAAGAUGAGUCUAUUGCUCGCAUUACCUGCAGUUGGAGUCGUGCUUCUGCAGGCAGUCGGUGUAGGUAAUGCAAUUGUCCAUGCUUCAGUGAUUGCAUUGAUACAGGUUCUCCUCUCGCUACCAUUCACUCUGCACAAUCCUCACGGCUACCUCUCACGCGCAUUUGAGUUUACAAGACAGUUCUUCUUCAAGUGGACAGUGAACUGGCGAUUCGUAGGAGAGGAAACAUUCCUCUCCAAGCGAUUUGCAUUAAGUUUGCUGGCUGCUCAUGUCUCUCUGCUUGUCCUUUUUGCUACAACUAGAUGGCUGAAGCCUUCGAAACAGAGCAUCCCCGGAGUCAUCAUGUCAAUCUUCAGCCCUCCAUCGGAGGCGAAGCAAGCGCAGAUGUCGGCGAGAGUAACACCAAGAUUCAUCUUGAUAACGAUUCUCUCGGCCAAUGCCAUCGGCAUGCUGUGCGCAAGGUCUCUCCACUACCAAUUCUACUCCUGGAUUGUGUGGGCCACGCCAGCUCUUCUUUGGCGGGCGGGUUACCAUCCAGCCUUGCAAUAUGCUCUGUGGGGGGCACAAGAGUACGCUUGGAAUGUCUUCCCCAGCACCAACUUCAGCUCGAUGGUUGUUGUACAAGUACUUGGGGCGACAGUGGUCGGCGUGUGGUAUGGAACGAGACGAGAGAUGGCAGGCGGACUGGCAGGAAAGCAUCAGCAUGUAGAAUAGUGUCGUUGAGGUUGUCGGCAGUCGAUAGCCAAGGUAGAUCAUUCGUCUUCGGAGUCGGAGGGCGGCAUCUUUCCAACGUUGGACUCUUCCUCAUCCGAGUCGUCGGCAUCAGCGUAUGAGACUCGUUGGACGAAUUCUUUGGGCCUGUGUAUGCAUCAGCAGCUGGGACGAGAUUCAAGCACGCGACAUGACACACCAGUACUUCUGCUUG